AGCUGGGUUAGGGCAGUGCGUGUGGGUAAGUUAGCAGUGGAGGCUAACAAUGGUAUCAGGUGAGAGCGGAAGGCGCAUGGUGGAGAUCAUCCAUGGACCCCUUCAACCAUCGGACGACAUUCCUGAAGGCUACAUACUCGUGCAAUUAGGAGCAGAGGCUUAUGGUGUGCCAAGCCCUGAUUCUUGGAGACAUGAUGAGCCUAAAGACUAUGAAGAGUACACCAGAAAGUUCACAAGUUUCGCGUUGUGGCUACGAUGGCAGUUCUUUCUCUACUUGGGCAAAGAAGGCUAUCGAGAGCUAUGUCGCCCGGAGGGAGUUCGAUCUUGACCGAUUUGGCCAAGAGCAGAGCCAUCUCAGCGGGAGUUAGAGGAUGAAUUGGAGAGACUGAAUAAUGGACAUUGGUGGUUAGGCAUCGAACCGGGAGGAGAAGGAAGUCGAUUGCAGUUUCCAGGACCAAGCUGGGAACCUCGUAAGCACAAGCCCCAACUGGAGACCAGACAGCAAUUGAUCGACCAGAUAUUGAGGCAAUUAGAAGAACGUGAGCAGAAUUGGCGGAAAGAAGAAUGCGGCAAGGAUCGUGACCAACAAUACUGCAGGCGUGGAGAAGGAGUUGAGGAAGAGGAUGUGCAGAAUUCAACAGGAAUGGAGAAAGCAAACCAUGGAGUUGCCGACAUGGAGUUGCUACCACAAGAUAAGAGGAGUUGGGUUCUAGCGAGAAGAAACAGAUACAAAAGGGACUGGCGUCAGAUCGUUCCAUUCCUCUUAGGAGAAGGGGAAGAAAGCGCACCAGCAGGCAAGUCAUGGAUGUGGAAACACAGGCAAGUUCCGUGGAUGUACAAUUAAAAGAUGUGAAUGAUGGAAAGGUCAUAGAUGUUUCGUUGACUCCAUCACAGGAAGAAAGAGUUCCGCACUUUUUGGAAAACAGUAAACCCACAAAAAUGACGCAUGAAGGUGAUGAGGCCUUUAAUGCCGAAAGAAGUGUUGAAGCUCGCAAAGAUGCAGAAGAAGAAGAGGUAGCUUUUGAUGGGGAGUUUAUCAAGGUAGAAAGGGAAUCAAUUGAUACGAAGGAAAAUAUUCAUAUUCAUUCUGGAAAAGAAGCAACCGAUUAUGUUGCAGAUAAGAACUUGGGACAUCACCAUUUUCUAGAACUGCAGGAAAAAGUGAAGACACUUGAACAAGACUUAGAAAGGAUGAGCGCAAGGAUCGAAACCUCAGAGAUUGAAAAGUCCGAAGUCCAAAGAGAAUAUGCAAGAAUCAAGGAAAUAUUGGAGGAAAAGACUCACGUUGCUGUUGACCUUGAGCUGAAGCAAAAGCAUUUGAAUGAACAACUUGAAUCUGCUGAAUUACAGAUUAAACAGUUUGAGAAAUUGAAUCAUUCUCAGUUUGAAGCCCUGGAGACAGCCCUUAAAUCACAAGAUUCAUUUCAAAAAGAAUUAGCUGAUUCAAGAGAAGAGGCAAAUAUAUUGCAUUCUCAGCUUGAAAGUUCAAGGAAGAAGGUCCAUGAGCUGGAAGAAGAGGUAACAACUUUGGCAACGGAGGCAAAGAAGGCCUCAGAGUUCCAAAAUCUGUUAGAAUUAGCAAAUGUGAAUGCAAAGGAGAUGGAACAUCAGAUCAGCUUUCUUCAGGAGGAAAUAAGUAACUUGUAUGGAAGAAUUGCUGAUAAUCAGAAAGCAGAGGACACACUGAAGAAUACACUAGCAGAGCUGUCUGCAGUUCAAGACGAGCUUAGGCUUUCAAAAGUAUAUACAACGGAUAUAGAGCAAAAAGUUGCCUUCGGUGAAAGAGUUAUCAAAGAGGCGGAGGAGCAACUAAAUUUAGCCAAGCAAUCAGAAGAGAUACUGAAACAUGAUUUCUUAGCGUUGGAGAAAUUACUUGCCGCAAGCAAGGAAGAUCUUCUGAUUAAAAUCACUGAGUUAGGGGGCUUGGAUUCAAAGCUAACGGAGGAAAAGGAAAAAAUACUCAUACUGGAAACUGAACUGAGGAAUCAGGAGGCACAGACUUCUAUGGUACAAGAAGAGCUGGCUACCAUGACCAAAUUGAAAGCAGAUAAAGAAGCUACAGUAUCUGCACUGGAUAGCAAGCUGUGUCACAUGCAGGAAUUAAUCGCUGAUCUUGAAAACCGACUGAACCAAUCAAUAGAAAAAUGUGCUGAAUCAGACUCGCAUUUGGAGAGAGUACUCUCAUAUAACAAUGAGUUGGAAGAGAAGUUGAAGUCGCUUCAAGGCCUUCAUGAUGAAUCUGAAUCCAGAACUGCAGAUGCUGUAAGAUUGAAUCUUGAAUAUCAAAAUAUGCUUCAAGAAGAAGAAUCAAAGCUUCAAAAAGCUGAAUCAGAGUUGGUGCUUCUAACACAGAAGAACUCUGAGCUUGAAGAACAGCUAAAUUCUGCAGCAACAGAUAGAAAUGACACUGAAAAGUUUGUAAAAGAGUUACAAGAGAAAAUAUAUGAGUUGUCUGAAAUGCUAAAAAAGGUCGAAGAAGAACGCAAGCUCUUGGAAACAGAAAUUGUGGAACAUAAAGACAGGAAAUCCUACUUGGAAUCCGCUCUGGAAGAAUCUUCUGGAAGACGAUGUGAUCUAGAGAAUGAGUUGAAAAUUGUAACCGAGAGAUGUAUGGAGCACGAGGGUCGAGCCACUUCUGUGCAUCAGAGAAGUCUGGAGCUUGAAGAUAUGAUUCAGGUCUCACAUUCUAAAGCAGAGGAUGCAGGAAAGAGGGUAACAGAGCUUCAACUACUAGUGGAGAGCUCAGAACAGAAACGGCACGAGCUUGAGGAAUAUUUAAGGUCUACAGAAGGGAAAUAUAUAGAAGUAGAAGCUGAAUCUAAGCACUACUCUAGCAAAUGCGCAGAAAUUUCUGCAGAACUGGAAGCUGCAUGUGCGAAAUUAUCGAGCUUGGAGCUUUCACUGCAAAAUGCAAAAGAAAAAGAGCUAGAAUUGACAGAAAGUCUAAGAGAAACUAGAGAAGAACGAGAAAGUUUUGCAGAUAAGAUUAACAAUCUUGAGUCAGAUUUAGAGAAGUCCUAUAUGAAAAACAGAGAAUUGGAGGAUAACCUCAAAGUUGCUCUACAUAAAUGUGUGGAACAUGAGGGUCAUGCCAGUAGCACUCACCAGAGGAGCCUCGAGCUUGAGGACUUGGUGCAGAUCUCACAGUCAAAAGCAGAAAAUGCAGAAAGAAAGGUCGUUGAACUAGAAAUGUUGCUGAAGAGUUCAGAAGAGAAACAGCAUGAGUUAGAGGAGCAUUUAAGAUCCACAGAAAAAAAAUUGCUAGAUGCUGAAGAAGAAUGUGAAAGUUAUUCUUGCAAAGUUUCCAAACUUUCUGAUGAUUUGGAAGAGUCUCUAGGGAAAGCAUCGAGCAUCGAGCUCUUGUUGUCUGAUGCAAAUGCAAAGGAUACUGAAUUUAAGGAACAAUUAGCAUUGGUCAUGGCAGAGAGAAAAAGUUUUGAAGACAAAGUCAAGCAGUUGAUGUUGGAUUUGGAUCAAUCAUCUUUGAAGACAUUGGAGCUUGAACAGGGGCUAAAAGUUCUUGCAGAGAAAUGUGCAGAACAUGAGGGUCUUGCCACUAUGCAUCACCAAAGGUGUCUUGAGCUUGAAGGACUAAUUGAAACAUCAGAAUCCAAAACAGAGGCUGCAAAAUUAGAAUGUGAGACUUACGCUGCCAAGAUUUCCAAACUUUUAGGAGACCUGGAAACUUCCCUGUUAAAAAUAUCAAAUUUGGAGGUUGCAUUGCAUGAUGCAAAUGAAAAGGAGAUGGAGAUGAAGAAAAGUUUGGACCUCUUCAUUGCAGAUCAGAAUACUUCUGAGGCUAAGAUCAAGCAGUUGGAGAAUGAGUUAGAUAUUUUAUCUUCAAGAAAUUUGGAGCUCGAGCAGGAGCUGAAAGUUGUUACAGAGAAAUGCAUGGAACAUGAAGGCAGAGCCGACCAAAUUCACCAUAGAAGCCUUGAACUUGAAGAUUUGAUCCAGGUAUCAAAUUCCCAAGCACAGGAUACCGAACGAAAGGUGGGUGAACUAGAGAUACUGCUGAAAACUUCAGAGCAAAAGCAACAAGAAUUUGAAGAGCAAUUGGCUUCUGCAAAGGCAGAAUGUAGACAAUACGAUGCCAAACUGUCUGAACUGUCUUUGGAAUUGGAAGCAUCUUUGGCAAAUGCUUCUUCCCUGCAGGCUGCACUGGGAGAUGCAAAUGAAACAGUGGAAUCUCUGAAGAAGAGCAUCCAUUUGCUUACAGAGGAGAAAAAAGCUUUUGAAGAUGCAUCAGAUGCUUAUGGUGCCAAACUUUCACAUGUAGAGUCACUUCUGGAGCUUCUACAGCAGGAGAUGAAGAUGACCCAAGAGAAAUUGAUUACUGUUGAGAGUGAUCUUGAAAUCGCCACACAGAAAGAGGCAGAAACUGCAGUGAAGCUUAAGCUUUCUGAGGAGCAGCUAGAUCAGCAGAGGUUGUUAAUGCAAGAAUCUUCUGAAAAGUGCCAAGAACUGGAAUUGCUUUAUGAGGAAACCAAUAUGAAACUGCAAAAUGAAGUAGAAAAAUUUGUACAGAGAGAUUCUGCAGCCAAAGAAUUACUAGAUAAAGUCGAUGCUCUUGAAAAGGAAGCAGCAGCACGCCAAGAACAGGCAGUGGAAGCAUCUUCAUGCAACCAAGCUCUGCAGGCUCAAUUAGAAGAACAAUUGAAAAAAAUGAUUUCCCUGGAAAACUAUUGUGGUGAAUUGAAAAGCAAGGUCUUGGAAAGUGAAAGCCAAGUCAGUGCAUCCUCAUCUGAAAAUGAAAUUCUGGUUGAAACUAACUUGAAACUCAAGGACGAACUGAAGGUUUACCAUGAAAAGGUUUCUCAGCUGGAAACUGUGCUCCAAGCCCUACAAACUGAAAAGGAAGCAACAAUAGAAGAAGUGAAGUUCCAUAAGAAUAACAUAGAUGAGUUAACUGAUAAGCAUGCAAGAGCUCUGCAACUCUAUUCUGAUUCUGAGUUGCAUAUUAUGGAUAUUGAACAAAAACUUCAUGAAGCAAUUGAGAGGUGUACACUGCAAGACCUUGAGGCGAAGGAAAUGAAUGAGAAUAUGCAGUCUCUUGAAACUCAGUUAAAGACACAUAAAGAGAAUGCAGAAAAUGCAGAAAGGGUGAUUGAGUCUCAGAAGGUUGAGAUGGAACAAGUGAGAUCUAGUUUGGCACACUUGGAAGGUACACUAGAAGAGCUUCAAAACCGCUCUAGUAGACUUGAAGCAGAGAAUGAAGCGUUAGCUGAAGCGAACCUGGACCUCAAUGAGCAAAUAGCUGCAUAUCAGACUAAAAUCUCAGAGUUACAGGUUGUGCUAAACACGGUUCAAGCAGAGAAAGACACAGUUGUUGAACAGUUAAAUGCUUGCGAGAAAACUAUUAAUGAUCUGACAGAGCAGCAUAGAGCUGAAGGACACAAACUCCAGUCUCAGAUAUCUUCCAUCAUGACCGAGAGUCAUUCAUUGAGUGAAACAUAUGAUAAAUCAAGGAAGGAAUUUCAAAUAUCAAGGUCUGAAUUGGAAGAUAAACUAAAGGAAGGGAAGGCAAGAGAAGAUGGUUUCCUUCUAGAGAUUGAGAUUCUCAGAGCUGAAGUUGCUGACAGGUCCACUUUACUUUCACGUAUAGGUCUGUUAGAGCAAGAGUUAGCAUCGUCCGAAGCUCAACUUAAGGAACAGAAGGAGAAGGAGGCAAGGAAAGACACUGAUAAGGAAUCCAGUCUGAAAGUUACACUUGCAGAACUUGAAGCCAAGGAUCAUCAAACAUCUAUUCUGCAAAGGCAAAUUGAGGAACACAAGCAGCAACUUGAGCAAUCCAAUUCAAUGUUGAAAAUGAAGGAAGAAAAGAUUAGCCUCAUCAAUGCAGAACUGGAAAGUUCAAAAAUCAAAACAAAUCAGAUAGCUGAGUUGGAAAAGAAGAUAGAGGACCUCGAGAUUGAACUGCAAUCAGCAAGGUUAAACCCUGAAAUUCAGUCGAGGGGCAUAGCGGAUUUGGGUAUAGGAGCAUCUCCGUCGAAAAGGAAGAACAAAAAGAAAUCUGAAGCGGCUGCCACUCAGACUGUCCAAGGUUCUCCAUUGAUGGGCUUUAAACUUGUCGUGGCAGUAGCACUGAUAUCACUAACCAUCGGUCUGCUUCUUGGAAGGGGAAACUAAGCGAAGAAUUCUGAAUACAUUGUAAAAAAAUGCGUUUUUAUUUCGUUGAUUAUAGUUGGAGCAUAGUAAUGGUUGAGUGUCAGGUAGGGAUUUGUUUUUCCAAUGGUCCCUACCUUUACAUGUGCAGCGAGUUCUGAAGGUUGCGUAUAGUCGGUCAAAUUUUGUACCAUUUAUUGUGAUGGAUACUUUCAUUGAAUAAGCUUUAUCUGUUAGUAAGAGUAGAUGCGUAGGACGUGAGGGAUGUCGAUGGGCAGGAGCUAAUUUUUUUUAUAAAGUUCCUACAUUCAAGUCUGUAGUUGUGGUGUAGAACUUGUGUGAACGUUGAGUGAAUUUUCUGGUGGCAUGUUUUUAUAUGAAAAAUGGUAAAUCCAAGUUUGUUUGUUA